AGGUCAUUUUAACUGGCCGAGUGAUUCCGGUCACUCCCUCUGCGUUUGCUUCUUCACCGGGCUUCCUCUUUCACCGUCUGUCUGUCGUCUUCCUCGUCCGGUGCCACUUGCUGAUUCACAUUUCAGUGUCACACUCUCUGACCCAACGAUUCAUUGCCAUUGUUGUCCGUUGAUCCUGGCUGUUCUUCUUGCCUCCAACUGACCCACUCAGCUGCUCACCGACCCGAUCUGGGGCGCUUGGUUUGGUGUCCCCUCUACCAUGGCCAAGAAGAAUUCAGUUCAGAGGGAUUCGUCUUCCGACGAAGAAGACGACCGCCACAACUUGAUCGACCAGAACGAGAGGAAGCCCCCUUCUCCCACCGCUCCUACCACCCCCACCACAUUCCACAUGGAAAAUUUCAGCUCUCGCAUUCCCCGUUCCACUUUCAAUUUCAAGUUCCAGAAGAGGUACUUGUUCGCUAUUCUCCCUCUCUUCAUUAUCCUAUUCUACUUCACCACCGAUCCCCACUCCCUCUUUCCCACCCACCUCUCCUCUCUCAAGUUCGAUUCUUUCCUCGAUCGAAUGAAGGAAUCCGAGUUGCGCGCUUUAUAUCUCUUGCGUCAACAGCACUUAGGGCUUUUGGGUGUUUGGAACCGAACAUCUAGCGAGUUAUUUUCGUCCUCUGUGAAUUCCUCGAUUAAUUUGAAUUCGAGUUCUCAAAUGCAGGGUGCGAAUCGGUCGCCGGAACCAUUGUUGGAGGAUCUUAAAUCUGUGUUAUUUAAGCAGAUUUCUUUGAACAGAGAGAUUCAAGAGAUUUUGCUGUCUCCUCAUAGGACAGUGGGCUUGUUUGAACCUGAAUUUGAUUUUGGGAAUGAUAGUUUCGGUGGUGGUGUACGGUAUGAUAGAUGUAGAACGGUGGAUCAGCAAUUUUCGCAAAGAAGAACAAUCGAGUGGAAGCCAAAAGCUGAUAAGUUUCUGCUUGCUAUAUGUGUUUCAGGUCAGAUGUCCAACCAUCUGAUUUGCUUAGAGAAGCAUAUGUUUUUCGCAGCUCUUCUUAACCGGGUCUUGGUUAUUCCUAGUCAUAGAGUUGACUACCAAUACGAUAGAGUGUUGGAUAUUGAUCACAUAAACAAGUGCUUGGGAAGAAAGGUUGUGAUCUCCUUCGAAGAAUUUUCUAAUAUUGAGAAGCAUCAUAUGCACAUAAACAAGUUUUUAUGUUACUUUUCACUUCCUCAGCCUUGUUUUCUUGAUGAGGAACGUUUAAAGAAGUUGAAGUCAUUAGGUUUGUCGUUUACUACACCUCAACCAGUUUGGGAAGAGGAUACCAGGAAGCCCAAGAAGAGGACCGUUCAAGAUGUUCUGUCUAAGUUUACACAUGAUGAUGAUGUAAUGGCAAUUGGAGAUGUGUUCUUUGCUGCAGUGGAGCAAGAAUGGUUAAAUCAACCAGGUGGUCCAAUCGCUCACCAAUGCAAGACUCUUAUUGAGCCCAGCCGACUUAUUUUGGUGACUGCUCAGCGAUUUAUUCAAACGUUCCUGGGAAAGAAUUUCAUUGCCUUACAUUUCCGCAGACAUGGCUUUUUGAAAUUUUGUAACGUAAAAAAACCAAGUUGCUUCUACCCCAUUCCUCAAGCUGCUGAUUGUAUCUUGCGGGUGGUUGAAAGGGCCAAUGCACCUGUGAUCUAUCUUUCCACGGACGCAGCAGGGAGUGAAACUGGUCUACUUCAGUCACUAGUGGUACUGAAUGGCAAGCCUGUUCCACUUGUUAAACGCCCAGCUCGUAAUUCAGCAGAAAAAUGGGAUGCUUUGUUAUACAGGCAUCAUAUUGAGGGAGAUUCUCAGGUGGAAGCAAUGUUGGACAAGACUAUAUGUGCUUUGUCUAGUGUGUUCAUUGGAGCCUCUGGUUCCACUUUCACGGAAGACAUCUUGAGGCUUAGAAAGGGUUGGGGAUCAGCAUCAUUAUGUGAUGAGUACCUAUGCCAAGGUGAGGAACCUAAUAUUGUGGCUGAAUUAGAAUGAAGACACCAGAGGCCUAUACGACUUUCAUGUAAUUACGAUACCCAGAAUUUGUUCUAACAUAGGUUACAUUGGCUUUUGUCAAUGUUUAUCUGUCGUGUAUGAUAUUAAUAAUGUAAAUUUAGUAUUUGGAUAAUGAUAAGCAUUGCUUCUUACA